UAUAUGCUGCGAAGGGGAUGGUAUCGAUUGUUACCUCCCCGCCUCUCCCAUCGUUCUCCUCCGCUCAUUAGACUAAUGGCUGAUACCACGAUCGCGUCUGGGACAUCCACCCCUGAAAAUGGUGCUCCAAACCCGAAUUCGAAGAGCGCAGCAAAGAAAGAAGCCAAACGAUUAGAGAAGGAGGCAAAACUUGCUGCGAAGGCUGCAAAAGUCAACGCUUCAGCCGCCGGAUCCGAGAAGAAACAGAAGGAGAAAAAGGAGAAGAAAGAUGAAGAAGCUCCAUUCGUGAACACCACGCCGAAGGGCCACAAGAAAGAUAUGAUGCAGCCCAUGGCUAGCGGAUACGAUCCCAUCGCUAUCGAAUCCGCGUGGUACGACUGGUGGGAAGCCCAAGGCUUCUUCCUACCUCAAACGCAAGCAGACGGUUCACCAAAAUCUGAAGGCUCCUUCAUUAUACCUGCACCUCCACCAAACGUUACCGGAAGCUUGCACAUCGGACACGCACUUACCGUAGCUAUUCAAGAUACGCUCAUUAGAUGGAAUCGUAUGCUUGGAAAAACGACGCUGUUCGUACCAGGUUUCGACCAUGCUGGUAUUUCGACGCAGUCCGUUGUAGAAAAGCGAUUGUACAAGACGUCGGGACGAACAAGGCAUGAUCUUGGGCGCGAAGCGUUCUUAGAAACUGUCUGGGCUUGGAAGAACGAUUAUCAAACUCGAAUCACGAGCCAGCUAAAAAGACUGGGAGGGAGUUACGAUUGGAGUCGUGUAGCAUUCACAAUGGAUGAUAACCUAUCUCGAGCUGUCGUCGAAACGUUCUGUAGAUUACGUGAAGAAGGUAUUAUCUACCGAGCGAAUCGUCUCGUAAACUGGUGUGUUCGUCUGAACACGACGCUUUCCAACCUCGAAGUCGAGCAAAAGCAGUUAACGGGUAGAACUCUUUUGAAUAUUCCUGGAUAUGGUCCGACGGAGAAAUUUGAAUUUGGUGUCAUCACCUCGUUUGCGUAUCCCAUUGAAGGAUCGGAUGAGAAGAUUAUCGUUGCUACUACUCGUCCUGAGACGAUGCUUGGUGAUACGGCUGUUGCUGUGCACCCGGACGAUCCACGAUACAAGCAUCUACACGGCAAAUUCGCUCGCCAUCCCUUCAUCGACCGACGUCUACCCAUCGUCACAGACGCCGAGGCAGUCGACAUGGAAUUCGGAACCGGUGCAGUCAAGAUCACACCUGCACACGACCCAAACGACUACGAAGUUGGUAAACGACACAACCUCGAAUUCAUCAACAUCAUGAACGACGACGGCACCUUUAAUUUAAAUGCUGGUGAGCGCUUCGCGGGGAUGAAACGUUUCCAUGCACGUGUGGAAGUCGUCAAAUCUUUGAAAGCUGCUGGGUUGUACAUUGAGACGAAAGACAAUCCGAUGCAAAUCCCGAUAUGCUCGAAGUCGGGAGAUGUGAUCGAACCCGUGUUGAAAGCGCAGUGGUGGGUUAACUGCAAGCCGCUCGCGGAAGAGGCUGUGAAACGGACUAGAGCGGGCGAACUCACGAUUAACCCGAAGACAUCGGAAGCAGAGUGGUAUCGCUGGUUAGAUGGUAUCCAAGACUGGUGUAUCUCACGCCAACUUUGGUGGGGACAUCGUUGUCCGGCGUACUUCGUACGUAUCGAGAGCCAGGAGCAGGAUCGUUCAGACGACAAGAACUGGGUCGUGGGCCGCACGUUGGAAGAAGCUACUGAACGAGCUACCAAGCUUGCUGGGGUUGCCAAGUUCGUUCUAGAGCAAGAUGAAGAUGUGCUUGAUACAUGGUUCUCCUCUGGUCUAUGGCCUUUCUCCAUCUUAGGCUGGCCCUCGGAGACUGCAGAUAUCAAACACUACUAUCCAUCUUCAAUGCUCGAGACGGGAUGGGAUAUCAUUUUCUUCUGGGUAGCACGAAUGGUUCUCCUCGGUAUCAAACUCACUGGACGCAUGCCAUUCAAAGAGGUCUUCUGCCAUGCUAUGAUUCGCGAUGCUCACGGACGUAAAAUGAGCAAGUCCCUCGGGAAUGUUAUUGACCCGGUUGAUGUCAUCCAAGGUGUCUCACUCGAGAAGUUACACGAAAUGCUUCUAGAGGGUAACCUCGAUGAGAAGGAAAUCGCGAAGGCGAAGCAGGGACAGAAGAAAGACUUCCCGAAGGGUAUCCCGCAGUGCGGUACAGACGCUCUGCGAUUCGCAUUAUGUGCAUAUACCAGUGGUGGUCGUGAUAUCAAUUUGGAAAUUCUGCGUGUUGAGGGGUACAGGAAGUUCUGUAACAAGAUCUUCAAUGCAACGAAGUUCGCGAUGCUCAAGUUGGAUGAGACUUUCGUUCCGGAACCUUUACCCAAGCCGACUGGAAAGGAAAGCCUAGUUGAGAAAUGGAUUUUCCACAAGCUCAACAUUGCAGCAGAGGAUGUUAACAAGCAUCUCACUGAUCGCAACUUCAUGGCUGCAACUACUGCAGUCUACAACUUCUGGCUCUACGAAUUGUGUGACGUCUAUAUAGAAGCAAUGAAACCCAUGACCGACGACAGCGCAGCUCUAGAAACUCGUCGCUCGGCGCAAAAUACACUUUAUACCUGUCUAGAUUAUGGUCUCCGACUGUUACAUUCCUUCAUGCCCUUCGUCACCGAAGAACUCUGGCAACGUCUGCCGAGGCGGCCGAAUGACCCUACUCCAUCCAUCAUGGUCUCCUCCUUCCCGGUCUUUGAUAAGGCGUUUGUGUUUGACAAGGGAGAAAAGGACUUCGACCUCGUCUUCAGUUCCAUCCGAACAGGCCGAUCGCUUGCGGCGCAGUAUAAUAUCCAGAGCGACAUCAAAUUAUUCAUUCUCGCUCAGACUGACGACGAGACGAAGCUCUUCGAAACACAAAUCCCAACGAUCAUCACGCUUACUAAAGGCUGCAAAGGCGCACAGGUCGUUCGGAACGUGAAUGACAUCCCUGCAGGAUGCGGCUCGGCCGUACUAACACCUACAGUUGCUGUGCAUCUUCUCGUCCGAGGUCUUGUGGAUCUAGACGCAGAGAUCGCGAAAUGCGACAAGAAACUCGACCUGGCGACUCUCGCCGCCGAUAAGAUCCGAAAGAUCAUUGCAGUCCCCGACUACGAGUCCACUGUACCCGAAAACGUCCGUGCUGCGAAUGCGGAGAAGCUGAAGACGUACGAGGCGGAGAUCGAGACUCUGAGGCUUUCGAAGGAGUCAUUCGCGAAGUUGAAGUGAGACGUAACGGGGAUUAGAUUGUUUAGGAUUUGUGGUAGACAAGGACGUCAGCGAUGCAUGUACGUAUAAGGUGAUCUUUAGACGAAUAUUGGAUGUGGUUGUUAGGCACAUUCAAUUUGUGC